CGAGAUAAUUAAAAUCGGGCAAAAACGCUAACACACGUCCAGUUUCCCAAAUGGAGUCCCGAAUUAUCACGGCUCCUUUAAAAAACAUCAAAAUCCCCUACGAAUCUGUCGGGAAAUUACUCCAUGACCGAUUUAACUCAUUCCCUGAAAAUGCCACAGCUUUGGUCAAGGUGAAGGCCAGUGUGACUUGGACUUACCACGAGUUGGCCACCAAAAGCAAAAACCUCGCCGUAAACUUGCAAGAGCAAAUGAAAAUCGCCAAAAAUGACGUAAUUGCGAUUGUGAGUGGCAAUUCGGGGGAAUUUUGGGUGGUAACGUUGGCAGCAUUGUAUUUAGGAGCGCCGGUACAUUUGCUCAAUCCACGAUAUACAACUUACGAACUGAAACGUUAUUUUGAGUUGUCACGACCAAAAUUAAUUUUUUGUGUUAGUGAGGCACUAGAUAAGGUGCAAGAAGUCGGGAAAGAGUGUCAUUUUAUUGAAAAAAUUGUUUUGUUUGAUGAAGCGCCAGAUGCGAGCAGGGGUACCACCCGACUUGGCGAUUUGCUCAAAAAUCCCUGUUCAAUUUUUGAAUUUGAAACAAUUGAGGAUUUGGAAGAUCAAGUGGCUUUUAUUUGUCAUUCGUCUGGCACUACCGGCCUGCCAAAGGGGGCCAUGAUCACGCAUGCCAACGUUUGGUUGAAUUUGUGCCACUCCGACGAUGACGAUUUGUACCCAAAAUCCCCCAACCCCAUUGUUAACGUGGUACCCGUGUACCACGUCCAUGGGUUUUCCCUAUCGUACACAUCCCUCUACCAGGGGGUUAAAAUCGUAAUUAUGGACAAUUUCCAACCAAAGAUUUACCUCGAAAAUGUGCAAAACCACGGAGUCAGGAAAUUGUUUCUGGUCCCCUCAUUGGGCGAUUUUUUGGCUAAUAGCCCCCUUGUGGACCAGUACGACCUGUCUUCAGUCAAGGAAAUUUACCUAGCGGCUGGUGUAUUGCGGAAAAACACGGAGGAGAAAAUCCUAGACAAGUUUAAAAUCGUAACUAUUCGCACGGUUUACGGUUUAACCGAACUGGCCGCCGCCAUAUUCAUAAUUCCGGUUAAUGGCGGCAAGUCCGGAAGCUGUGGUAGGGUGACUCCGGGCCACCAGGUCAAAAUCGUGGACCCGGAAACCGGAAACCCGCUCGGUUGUAACCAAACCGGCGAAAUUUGCGUUAAGGGGUUCGCCAUGAAGGGUUACGUCAACGAUGCGGGGAAGUCCCGAGAGGCGUUUGACUCGGACGGAUUCGUCCGUACCGGAGAUUUAGGUUAUUACGACCAAGACUUGUAUUUUUUUAUUGUUGAUAGAAUGAAAGAUUUGAUUAAGUACAAGUCGUUUCAAGUGCCGCCGCUUGAAGUCGAGCAGGUUUUGUUGAUGUUUCCGGGCGUUGCGGACGCGGCGGUGGUUGGCAGGCCUGACGAGAGGUGCGGGGAACUACCGGUGGCGUUCGUCGUGCGGGAAAAAGGGGCGGAAGUGGACGAAAGCGAGUUGGUGGAGCACGUGGGGCGGUUUCUAACGAAGGAGAAGCACUUGCAUGGCGGGGUGAGGUUCAUUGAGGGGAUUCCCCGCAAUGAAAUUGGGAAAAUCUUGCGGAAGAAAUUGCGAGAGAUGCUUGAAUAAAAGUUUAUGAAAUU